AUGUCGACUUGGGCAGUGAACGAGGGGAUCCUGUUCGCCGGCCUCUUGGUCGCAGCCGUUCUUUUCGGUAUGACCGCCAUCCAGGCAUCGACGUUCCUCCUUGUACAUCGCAAAGAUCCAGCUGGACAUAAAGCCGUGUACAGGGUGCUAGAUUUGGCCCAUCUUGCGUUCCUCGCGAAUUCGUUUUUCAACUACGUCGUCCUGCAGCCUCCCGACGGUGACGGACCCCGUUUGAUUUGGUCUUGCAAGGCGUUCUUUGCUUUACAGACCCUCACAAUUGGGAUUGUUCACUGCUUGUACGCCCUACGGGUAUGGAAACUUUCAAAACGUGAACAUUUCCUCGUCAAGACCGUGCCGUUCUUGUUGGCAAUCCUCAUUGGAGUUUCGUUUGCCCUAGGCGCAGUGGCCUCGUCAAAAUUGGGCCCGUGGGCAAGCAUCAAGGCUGGAUUCGAGCAUAUCAUGCUCUGGAACCGUCUCAACUUAGGUCUCUCCUUUGCAGUGGAUCUCUGCGUGGCGAUCAUCCUAGCGGCGUCCCUCCAUCGUCGGACCUCGGUUUCAUGGGCUACCUCCUCUAACAUUCUAUUCGUCGCAUAUGCCAUGAACACGGGCAUGAUCCCAGUCUUCCUAUCGGCCGCUGCUUUCAUCGCGGUCUCCAUCGAACCGGCCUCUUUCCUCUUUCUAGCCUUCCGUGUCGUACUGAUGACAGUUCACGUUAAUUCCCUGAUCGCAAUGUUCAACGCCCGAUUCUACUUCAACGCCAACAAAAGGCCGUCCACCACCGUUGUGCUGCAAGCCCACGAAGCAUCCAUCAACAUAAACAAAUUGGGGGAACGCCCGGCGGAGGCAGGCCAACCAUCAACGAUGCCGGAUUACCUCUUUUCUCCAGAGAUUCACUGGACACCGAAGCAAGCCACCCUUCUGUCGUCGAGGUAA